AAUGACGAGAAAGCCCUUGAACGAAGCCUAACUUGGAGUGAGAAUACCCAUCCUACCCCUUUCUCUUCUCCUCUCUCUCCGUUUCUUUCUGGUUUCUGUUCACUGAUUGGAUCUCUCUCUCUCUCUCUCUCUCUCUCUCUCUCUCUCCUCGCUUCUUCAGGUUGUUUUAGUGAGGAAUCUUUUAAGCUGUUUUGUGUAUAUGAUAGAAAAGAUGAUGCUGUUACUGGUUUAUUACAGGUUUGAAUGGUUGAUUAUUACUGCAUAGAAGUUAAAACCUCAAAACAGAUAAGUAAAUCCUGACUGUAUGGAAGACCACAAUUUUGUUGUUGGUCAAGAAUUCCCUGAUGUGAAAGCAUUUCGGAAUGCUAUUAAAGAAGCUGCUAUUGCACAACAUUUUGAGCUUCGUAUUAUUAAAAGUGACUUGAUUCGAUACUUUGCUAAGUGUGCCUCUGAGGGCUGUCCAUGGCGGAUUCGUGCUGUCAAGCUCCCCAAUGCUUCAACGUUUACCAUAAGAAGUCUUGAAGGGACUCAUACUUGUGGGAGAAAUGCACUCAAUGGACACCACCAGGCUUCUGUUGAUUGGAUUGUGAGUUUCAUUGAAGAAAGGUUACGUGAUAACAUCAAUUAUAAACCAAAAGAUAUUUUACAUGACAUCCAUAAGCAAUAUGGUAUAACUAUACCAUAUAAGCAAGCUUGGCGUGCAAAGGAACGGGGCCUUGCCGCAAUAUAUGGCUCUUCCGAAGAAGGAUUUUACCUACUUCCUUCAUUCUGUGAAGAAAUAAAGAAAACAAAUCCUGGAAGUGUUGCAGAGGUAUUUACCACUGGUGCAGAUAGCCGCUUUCAGAGACUCUUUAUUUCCUUUUACGCAUCAAUUCAUGGUUUUGUUAAUGGCUGUUUGCCCAUUGUUGCUCUUGGUGGAAUCCAGCUGAAAAGCAAAUACCUUAGCACAUUUCUUUCAGCAACUUCUUUUGAUGCUGAUGGUGGGUUGUUUCCUCUUGCUUUCGCUGUUGUCGAUGUAGAAAAUGAUGAAAGCUGGACAUGGUUCCUGUCUGAGUUGCAUAAUGCACUAGAGGUGAAUACCGAGUGCAUGCCACAGAUUAUAUUUUUAUCAGAUGGGCAAAAGGGUAUUGUGGAUGCAAUAAGAAGGAAGUUCCCAAGAUCUUCUCAUGCAUUCUGCAUGCGCCACUUAAGUGAAAAUAUUGGCAAAGAGUUCAAGAACUCUAGGCUUAUCCAUCUUCUAUGGAGUGCUGCAUAUGCUACUACAAUUAACGCAUUCAGAGAAAAAAUGGCUGAAAUAGAGGAGGUAUCUCCCAAUGCCAGCAUGUGGUUACAACAUUUUCAUCCUUCCCAAUGGGCCCUAGUAUAUUUUGAAGGGACAAGAUAUGGUCAUUUAUCCUCUAAUAUCGAAGAAUUCAAUAAAUGGAUUCUUGAAGCCCAGGAGUUGCCAAUUAUCCAGGUGAUUGAGCGGAUUCAAAGCAAACUUAAAACUGAGUUUGAUGACAGGCGUUUGAAAAGCAGUUCGUGGUGUUCUGUGCUUACUCCAUCUUCAGAGAGACGAAUGGUUGAAGCCAUUAAUCGUGCAUCCACAUAUCAAGUGCUUAAAUCAGACGAGGUAGAGUUUGAGGUUAUUUCAGCUGAUCGAUCUGAUAUCGUAAAUAUUGGCAGCCACAGCUGUUCCUGCCGUGAUUGGCAACUGUAUGGGAUACCAUGUUCCCACGCUGUUGCAGCCCUUAUCUCAUCUCGUAAGGAUGUCUACGCAUACACUGCAAAGUGUUUUACUGUUGCAAGUUACAGGGAUACGUAUGCAGAGGUGUUACACCCUGUCCCUGGAAAACUUGAAUGGAGAACCGAUGAAUCUGCUUUGGAUAAUGAUAUCGCAGUUGUGCGGCCACCGAAAUUUCGCCGACCUCCAGGAAGACCGGAAAAGAAACGAAUUUGUGUGGAGGACCAUAAUCGUGACAAACAUACAGUGCAUUGCAGUCGGUGUAAUCAAACUGGGCAUUACAAGACAACUUGCAAAGCAGAGAUGAUUAGUAGUAUAGAACAGUUUUAGUUGUUUGAUUUUGUACUAUGUAUUAUGUUGUAGUUAUUUAAAGAUCUAGUCUACUAAUUAGUAUCUAAAGACCCAUGCUUAGGACACACAUGUUAUUCAGAUCAUCAUGUAAUAUAGAUAUAAAUCACUGUAUUACAUCCGCUGGUGUAACAGAAAUGAAGUUUUGGACAUUAGUAGGUUGUAAUCAAAAGCUAUUGAAGAGUGUUUGAACUUUGAAGCAUGGAUUUGAAGAAUCUUACAGUAGGUUGAAAAAUCAUUACACUUGUAGAUUCAUUAA